CAGAGGGCCCCUGCCACCCGCUAGCCACUAACUGUUCUUCUCCCCUCGCUUGGCUCUCCUUUUCCUCACUCCCUAUUUAAAUCUACUUUUGGUUCUUGUUCUGUAGUCUUAAAUAUAGCGGUUGAGUACACUUACAUAAACAAGAUCACCCCCUUUCCCCCAUAACAGCGUAAAGCCCCUAAAAGCUUUUCUCGUGCCCUUGGCUCUCCACUACCCUCAGCCCUUUCCUCUACCUUUUCACAAUUGGGUCUCGGUCUCUUUAAGAAGGCAGCCAUAAUUGAGGAAAGAGGAAUUCUGGGAAGCUCCACUCAGCUCUUGCGGAGCAUGACGGGAGAAGAGGGCGGAGACAAGGGUUGCGCAUGCGUAUGGUUGCCCGAGUGGUGUUGGGUUGGAUCAGGCCGAAGAAUCCCCCUAAGAGCAAAUAAUCCUUUCCCUGCCGCAGGGGUCUUGGGUCGCGUCCCCUCUGUCCCAUUAGUGACGCGCCGGUAGGCGUCCGUGCUUCGCGUGCUAGUGCUCCGCUGCAGCGUUGCUGCAUGCUACUAGGUGACGGCCGCGGAUUUGUUGGGGACGAGACUUUUGGAGCACAGGCGAUGCUGGAGGAAGGAGCGCCCGUAGAGUGCUGCACCUGGGGCAGGCGGCCAGAAGUUACCUUCUUCCACCGGGGAUUUUAAACCAGUUACCUGCUCCCAUGCCUGGGUUCAUUAUGUGGAUGAAGACAACUUUAGGGAGCUGCUUUCGUGGUUCGGGUUUACUAUGUCCCUUUUAGAGUCCAGCUAGCCAUUAUCGUGAAGAAAAUCUUUAGUUUUAGACUGAGUAUUUCCUUUACAUAAAAAAUUAGAAUGAAAGAACCCUUGGAUGGUGAAUGUGGCAGAGCAAUGGCACCGCAGCAGGGGCUUCUGGACAAAAUUAAAGAAGAACCGGAUAAUGCUCAAGAAUAUGGACACACCCAAAUACCAAAACCUCAAGAAAGUGAACUGAAAAUUAGUGCUGUGUUUUCAGUCAGUGAGAGUCCUCUUGCCCAGCAGUUGACUCCUGGCUUUCAGUUUUCUGUUGCCUCAUCUGCUCCAAAUAUAUUGGUUCCUUCAGUUCCGGCUGUGGCUAUUCAGGUUUUUUGUACUGGUUGUAAAAAAAUGCUUUAUAAGGGACAAACUGCUUAUCAUAAGACAGGAUCCACUCAGCUCUUUUGUUCCACGCGAUGCAUCACUGGAUAUUCUUCACCAGUCUACCUACCACCUCUUCCCAAGAAAACCUGCACAAACUGCUUGAAAGACAUUUUAAAUCCAAAGGAUGUGAUUACAACCCAAUUUGAAAAUUCCUCUCCUAGCAAAUAUUUCUGCAGCCAAUCAUGCCUUUCUUCUUAUGAGCUAAAGAAAAAGCCUGUUGUUACCAUAUAUACCCAUAACAUUUCAACUAAGUGCAGUAUGUGUCAAAAGAAUGCUGAUAUUCGAUUUGAAGUUAAAUAUCAAAAUGUGCUACAUGGUCUUUGUAGUGAUGCCUGUUUUUCAAAAUUUCACUCUACCAACAAUCUUACCAUGAACUGUUGUGAGAACUGUGGAAGUUAUUGCUAUAGUAGCUCUGGUCCUUCCCACUCCCAGAAGGUUUUUAGUUCAACAAGUGUCACAGCAUAUAAACAGAAUUCAGCCCAAACUCCUCCUUAUGCCUUGGGGAAAUCAUUGAGGCCUUCAGCUGAAAUGGUUGAGACUACAAAUGACUCAGGAAAAACAGAGCUUUUCUGUUCUAUUAAUUGCUUAUCUGCUUACAGAAUUAAGACAGUUACUUCUUCAGGUGUCCAGGUUUCAUGUCAUAGUUGUAAAACCUCCGCAAUCCCUCAGUAUCAUCUAGCCAUGUCUAAUGGAACUAUAUACAGUUUCUGCAGCUCCAGUUGUGUAGUAGCUUUCCAGAAUGUAUUUAACAAACCAAAAGGAACAAACUCUUCAGUGGUGCCCCUGUCUCAGGGCCAAGUGGUUGUAAGCCAGCCCUCCAGGUCUGCAGUGUCAGAAGGAGGAGGUAACACCUCUGCCGUUUCCCCCAGCAACAUCAGUGGCUCUGUCGCAGCCAGUGUCCAGCCUGUUGCUGCCCAAUCCCAGCAAGUUGCUUCCACCCAUACAGUUGUAAAACUCAAGUGUCAGCACUGUAACCAUCUGUUUGCCACAAAACCGGAACUUCUGUUUUACAAGGGAAAGAUGUUUCUGUUUUGUGGCAAGACUUGUUCUGAUGACUACAAAAAGAAAAAUAAAGUCAUGGCAAUGUGUGACUACUGCAAACUGCAGAAAAUUAUAAAGGAGACUGUGCGAUUCUCAGGGGUUGAUAAGCCAUUCUGUAGUGAAGUUUGCAAGUUCCUCUCUGCCCGUGAUUUUGGAGAACGAUGGGGAAACUACUGUAAGAUGUGUAGUUAUUGUUCACAGACAUCCCCUAAUUUGGUAGAAAAUCGAUUGGAGGGCAAAUUAGAAGAGUUUUGUUGUGAAGAUUGCAUGUCCAAAUUUACAGUUCUGUUUUAUCAGAUGGCCAAGUGUGAUGGUUGUAAACGACAGGGUAAGCUAAGUGAAUCCAUAAAAUGGCGAGGAAACAUCAAACAUUUCUGUAACCUAUUUUGUGUCUUGGAGUUUUGUCAUCAGCAAAUUACAAAUGACUCUCUUUCACAAAAAAAAGUAAAUAUUUCUAAGCCAAAAAUUGCUCCAAUGGAACUCUCUCCUGCAACGACAAACACAACACCAGUUAUAAUCAAUGUGGUGUCACUGGCAAAAGUAUCUCCUGCCCAGUCCACAGGGAAUACUAACAGUGUUUUAGAAGGAGCGGUUACUAAGGAGGCAACAGAGAUCGUAGAAGAUACCACCUCUGGAAGGAUACAAGAGACUGGGGACAGUGGUGGUGUGUUCAAGGUUGAGUAUGCCCAUCUGGCAGAGGGGCAAAGGAAAUUUCAUGGAAGUACACAGACAGAUGCCAUGAAACUUACAUCUUCCCAGUCUUUCAGACUUUUAAAGAACAAAGCAGUAUUGUGCAAGCCGGUCACACAGACCAAGGCUACCUCAUGCAAACCACAUACACAGCACAAGGAAUGUCAGACAGAUUUACCCAUGCCUAAUGAGAAAAAUGAUGUGGAACUUGAUUCUCCACCUGCAAAGAAAAAAAGAAUGGGUUUUUUCCAUACUUAUGAUGCGGAAUACUUAAAAGUUGGUUUUAUUAUCUGCCCGGGAUCAAAAGAAAGUUCACCAAAACCACAGUGUAUCAUUUGUGGAGAAAUCUUACCCAGUGAAAACAUGAAGCCAGCAAAUCUCUCUCAUCAUUUGAAGACAAAACAUUCAGAGUUAGAAAAUAAACCAGUAGAUUUUUUUGAACAAAAAUUUCUUGAAAUGGAAUGUCAAAACAAUUCUUUAAAAAAGUGUUUACUAGUUGAAAAGUCCCUUGUGAAAGCUUCUUAUUUAAUUGCUUUCCAAAUUGCUGCCAGCAAGAAGCCAUUCUCCAUUGCUGAAGAGUUAAUUAAACCCUAUUUAGUAGAAAUGUGUUCAGAAGUUUUGGGUUCAAGUGCUGGAGACAAAAUGAAAACUAUUCCUCUUUCUAAUAAUACAAUUGGACACAGGAUUGAUGAACUGUCUGCAGAUAUUGAAGAUCAGCUAAUUGAAAAAGUCAGAGAGUCAAAGUGGUUUGCCCUUCAGAUAGACGAGUCAUCAGAAGUCUCAAAUACCACCUUUCUUUUGUGCUAUAUUCGUUUCAUUGAUUAUGAUUGUAGUGAUGUAAAAGAAGAAUUACUAUGUUGCAUUGAAACACUUUCUCAAAUAACUGGUUUUGAAAUAUUUGAACUAGUAAAUAAAUAUAUUACUAGUAAAUCUUUGAAUUGGAAACAUUGUGUUGGUCUCUGUACAGAUGGGGCUGCAAGCAUGAUUGGCAGAUGUUCUAGUUUAAGGACAAAAAUUCAAGAAGUUACCAGGAGUACAGUGGCAUUUACACAUUGUAUUAUUCACCGUGAACAUUUAGCAGCAGAAAAGAUGUCUCCAUGCUUACAUGAAAUUCUUUUACAGUCUGCACAAAUUUUAAGUUUUAUAAAGAGCAAUGCACUGAAUUCACGUAUGUUAACAAUUUUGUGUGAAGAGAUGGGAUCUGAGCAUGUGAAUCUACCACUUCAUGCUGAAAUACGUUGGAUGUUGAGAGGGAGUAUUUUAACAAGAUUAUUUGAAUUACGACAUGAAAUUGAAAUUUUUUUAAAUCAAAAGCGUUCAGAUUUGGCCAAGUAUUUUCUUGAUGAGGAAUGGAUUGCAAAGCUGGCCUACUUAUCAGAUAUUUUUUCACUUAUAAAUGAACUAAAUUUAAGUCUCCAAGGAACUAUGACGACUCUCUUCAGUUUGUACAAUAAAAUUGAUGUAUUUAAGAAAAAGUUAAAGAUGUGGUUCAAGCGCACACAAGAGAAUGAUUAUGACAUGUUUCCUUCAUUUUCUGAAUUCUCAAACUCAUCAGACUUAAAUAUGAGACACAUUGCAAGCAUUAUUGUUGAGCACCUGGAAGGACUAUCCCAAAUGUUCAAUGACUGCUAUCCACCUGAAGAAGACUUGCGUUCAGGAAAUUUAUGGAUAAUUAAUCCUUUUACAAACCACCAAAAUAGUAAUCUCACAGACUUUGAAGAAGAAAAACUAGCACAGUUAUCUUCAGAUUUAGAAUUACAAUCAGUAUUUAAAUCAAUGUCUGUAACUCAGUUUUGGAUAAAUGCAAAGACAAGAUACCCAGAACUCCAUGAAAAGGCAAUGAAAUUGCUACUGCCCUUUUCAACUGUCUAUUUAUGUGAUGCUACGUUUUCAGCUUUGACUGAGUCAAAACAAAGAAAUCUGUUGGUUUCUGGUCCUGCCCUAAGACUUGCUGUCACAUCUUUAAUCCCAAGAAUAGAAAAAUUAGUAAAGGAGAAAGAAUAGCAAAACAUGCAAAAUGCUUAUUAUCAAAGUCUAUAAUUUUGUGUUAAAUUUUGUAUGAGAUGAGUAUCCUAAAAUAUAAUUUCCUAAUGUGUAUAUGUGUUUUCAGUGAUUAAA